AUGGGGCCGCCGGGCUCCGGGAAAGGCACCGUCUCCGCUCGCAUUAUCAAGCACUUCGGCGUGAAGCACCUCUCCAGCGGCGAUCUGCUGAGGGACAACAUGCAGAAGAAGACAGAAGUGGGAAUCCUUGCCAAAUCCUACAUUGAUCAAGGGCAGCUUAUUCCAGAUGACAUCAUGACACGACUAAUGCUGAAUGAGAUAAAAGGUCUAGACCGGUACAACUGGCUAUUGGAUGGUUUCCCCAGAACAGUUGCUCAGGCAGAAGCCCUCGAUAAAGAAUGUCAAAUAGACACUGUGAUUGACCUAGACGUGCCAUUUGAGACCAUAAAGUGUCGGCUUACAGCACGCUGGAUCCACCCUGCCAGUGGCAGAGUCUACAAUCUUGAAUUCAAUCCUCCCAAAGUGCAGGGCAUUGAUGACAUUACUGGCGAGCCCCUUGUUCAGCGUGAUGAUGACAAGCCAGAGACUGUCAGCAAGAGGCUGCAGGCUUAUGAUGCACAAACAAAACCUGUUCUAGAAUAUUAUCGGAAGAAAGGGUUAUUGAAAUCCUUUUCUGGAACAGAAACCAAUAAGAUCUGGCCACAUAUCUAUGCUUUCCUUCAAACCAAGUUGCCAGAUGUGAGCCAGAAAGAUGCUGCCAACCCCAGGUGAAAAUAGGUCAGGCUUCUGGUCAUCUGUCAUAGUUCACUCCUGAUUACAUGGGAUUCUGCAAUCAAGGACUUGUCCAAGUAGUCUACCAGACUCAUCAAUAAUUAAAGUCUAAUGCUGUCUUUAACUUACAUUAUGGUAAAAUUUUGUUGCCUGUGGUUAUCAUUUUAAUGCUGUAUUUUUUUAUAUUAAAUAUAUUGAAUUUGAAAAAUACAGUAACUGUCUUUAGCAAAA